GGGACUAAACAUAGUAAAGCACAGUCAUUGCAAUUUGCAUUCCAUUUAAAUUUCAUUUCAUGUAAAACAAGAAAACAAAUAAAACAAACUACCUUACCCUUUCUCCUUCGACGUGUUGACUAGGAGGAUCUAUCGGGUUCCUCAGCGUUUGUUCCUGCAGAUGGCGAGCGGGUUUGGGGAAUCAACAAGCAGGUCACCCCCAAGCCCUUCCUACGCCGGCAACAAUAAUAGUGAUGCUGGCAAUUUUGAAUGCAACAUUUGCUUUGACUUAGCCCAAGACCCUAUUAUUACCUUAUGCGGUCAUCUUUUCUGCUGGCCUUGCCUUUACAAGUGGCUUCAUUUUCACUCACAGUCACGAGAAUGCCCGGUGUGCAAGGCACUGGUUGAAGAGGAGAAGUUGGUUCCCUUGUAUGGGAGAGGAAAGACAUCAUCUGACCCGAGAUCAAGAUCUAUUCCCGGUGUUAAUAUCCCGCACCGUCCUGCAGGUCAGAGACCUGAGACUGCUCCUCCGCCUGAACCGAAUCCCUUUGCUCAUCAUGGGUUUGGAUUCACGGGUGGUUUGGGAGGGUUUGCACCUGCGGCAACAGCAAGAUUUGGGAAUUUCACACUGUCAGCAGCAUUUGGUGGUUUUAUACCAUCCUUGUUUAACUUUCAAUUGCAUGGGUUUCAUGGUGCGACCAUGUAUGGUGGAGCGCCUGGUUUCCCAUAUGGGUUUUCUAAUUCAUUUCAUGGUGGCCAUGUUCAUAGAUAUCCUUUGCACACAGGUCAAGGGCAACAAGAUUAUUAUCUCAAGAGGCUGCUGUUCUUUGUUAUUUUCUGUGUGGUCCUUGCUUUUAUUUGGCAAUAGUUUGAAUAGAGUUGAGACUGCUAAGUGAAUCAAACUUGAGCUCUUAUCAACCUUCAUGUGUGCUUUUUAAUUUCUAUUUUUUGUAACUAUGGAAGUUGUUCAUAUCAUACUCUCUUAUUACUCUAGUAGUUCUGUUGUCUGCAGUUAGUUUGUGGAUCUUGAUUUGCAUCCAUGUGCUAAAUUUCAUUUGGAGACCAUGAAAGUACAUACAGAUAUAGAUGUUAGUUUGAUGGUCAUUUUAUAUACCUAUGAGGUAGUUAUUGACCUUCUGUACCAAA